UGAGCGUGCGCGCGCGGAGUCUUGCGCUCACGCGCCGACGAUGUGCUCCGACGUGUUCUUCAUGUAGCCUACAAAGUGCAAGAAAUGAAGGAUAGAAACAGAUAUGACGGAUAGCGAUUUGUAAUAUAUCUUUUUGACGCUCAAAUAAGGGAAAGGCGUCUCGUAUUUUAGCGUAUGCGUCCAAAUACGCACAAGAAGCGCGAGCAAAGGACAAGGCGUAGAUAGAAGUCGAUCGGAAUGAUACCUGAUAGUAUCUUAACUCGAUGGUCCUUACAUAAAGUUAACCAACACUUUUGAUUACGAAGGCAUGGAAAAACGAAAGAGACCGUUAUUUUUGCUUUUCUUCAUGAUGACAAAGUUGUGUCCCAGUGACCAGCAAGUUCUGCGAAUUGGAGGCAUUUUUGAGACUCGAGAGAAUGAACCGGUUAGCGUGGACGAGUUAGCCUUCAAGUUUGCUGUCACCAGCAUCAACAGGAACAGAACACUGAUGCCAAACGCUACACUGACCUACGACAUCCAGAGAGUGAACCUUUUUGACAGUUUUGAAGCUUCCCGAAGAGUGUGUGACCAGUUAGCCCUGGGCGUGGCUGCGGUUUUCGGCCCAGCGUACAGCUCUUCAGUCAGCGCGGUACAGUCCAUCUGUAACGCCCUGGAGGUCCCGCACAUCCAGACCCGCUGGAAGCAUCCCUCUGCAGACAACAAGGACACUUUCUUCAUCAACCUGUACCCAGAGCAUACCUCCAUCAGCAGAGCUAUUCUCGAUGUCGUCACCUACUACAAGUGGGAGUCUGUCACCAUUGUCUAUGAGGACAGUAUAGGCCUGAUGCGUAUGCAGGAGCUGAUCAAAGCCCCGUCCAGGAGUGGCAUGAAGGUGCGGAUCCGCCAGCUGCCUCCAGGCUCCGGCGACGCCCGCCCGCUGCUCAAGGAGAUGAAGAGGGAGCAAGAGUUCUACGCCAUCUUCGACUGCUGCCACCGCACAGCCUCCGAGCUGCUCAAACAGCUGAUGUCAGUGGGGAUGAUGACUGAGUAUUACCAUUUCUUCUUCACUACCUUGGAUCUCUUCGCCCUGGAUCUGGAGCCGUACCGUUACAGCGGCGUGAACAUGACUGCCUUCCGUCUGCUGAACUUGGACAACCCCUACGUGGUGUCUGUCACCCAGAAAUGGACCGCCGAUCGGCAGCUAGCCCCGCCCAGAUUUGAGAGCGGCAUGAUGAGCGGCAUUAUGACAACGGCUGCCGCUCUUAUGUACGACGCUGUGUUUCUGGUCGCCUUGGCGUCCCAGCGGGCCAGCCAGAUGACGGUGAGCUCUCUGCAGUGCCAUCGCCACAAGCCGUGGAGGUACGGACACCGAUUCAUGAACCUGUUCAAAGAGGCCCAGUGGGAUGGCCUGACAGGACGCAUCGUUCUUAACAAGGACAGACGACUAAGGAAGGACUUUGACUUAGACCUCAUCAGCCUGAAAGAGGAUGGGACAGCAAAGAUUGGGGUCUGGAACACAUACACGGGUCUGAACCUGAUUGAAAAACAGGACACCUCCAAAAAUGUGACCGAUUCACUGGCCAACAAAACACUAAUUGUUACCACAAUCCUGGAGAACCCGUAUGUAAUGUAUAAGAAGUCUGAUAAGGUGCUGUAUGGAAAUGAUCGCUUUGAAGGCUACUGUCUGGACCUGCUGAAGGAGCUCUCCAACAUUCUUGGCUUUAGCUACGAGGUCAAGCUGGUGUCAGAUGGGAAGUAUGGUGCCCAGAACGACAAGGGAGAAUGGAACGGAAUGGUCAGGGAGCUUAUUGACCAUAUAGCUGAUCUGGCAGUGGCCCCUCUGACCAUUACCUACGUGCGGGAGAAAGUCAUCGACUUCUCGAAGCCUUUCAUGACCUUGGGAAUCAGUAUCCUGUACCGCAAGCCCAAUGGUACCAACCCAGGGGUGUUCUCCUUCCUCAACCCCCUCACGCCAGACAUCUGGCUGUUUAUGCUGCUGGCCUGCCUGGGGGUCAGCUGUGUGCUCUUUGUUAUUGCGAGAUUUACACCAUAUGAAUGGUACAACCCUCACCCCUGCAACCCUGCAUCAGAUGUGAUGGAAAACAACUUCACAUUAUUGAACAGCUUAUGGUUUGGAGUUGCGGCACUUAUGAGGCAAGGCUCAGACCUCAUGCCCAAGGCUCUGUCCACAAGAAUCAUUGGAGGGAUUUGGUGGUUCUUCACACUAAUCAUCAUCUCAUCCUACACCGCGAACCUGGCUGCCUUCCUCACUGUGGAGAGGAUGGACACGGCGAUCGAAUCAGCCGACGACCUGGCCAAGCAGACUAGAAUCGAAUACGGGGCGGUGAGAGACGGAUCCACCACGACUUUCUUUAAGAAGUCGAAGAUCUCCACCUAUGAGAAGAUGUGGGCAUUCAUGAGCAGCAGGAAGAACACGGCAAUGGUGAAGAACAACCGGGAAGGCAUCACGCGUGUCCUCACUACUGACUACGCCCUCCUCAUGGAGUCCACAAGCAUCGAGUACAUCAGCCAGAGAAACUGCAACCUCACACAGGUUGGGGGACUCAUAGACUCCAAAGGCUAUGGAGUGGGAACCCCCAUAGGUUCGCCCUACCGGGACAAGGUGACCAUCGCCAUCCUGCAGCUGCAGGAGGAGGGCAAGCUGCACAUGAUGAAGGAGAAGUGGUGGAGGGGCAACGGCUGCCCCGAGGAGGACGGCAGGGAGGCGAGUGCGCUGGGCGUGGAGAACAUCGGCGGCAUCUUCAUCGUGCUCGCCGCCGGCCUCGUCCUGUCUGUGUUCGUGGCCGUAGGGGAGUUCGUCUACAAGGCCCGCAAGAACAGCGACAUCGAGGAGUGCGUCUCAUUCAGUGAGGUGAUGGAGGAGCUGGGCGUAUCCUUCAGGUGCCACAAGGGCGUGAAGAAGAGAGGAAGGGCCCAAGGCCGAGCAGCACUUACUGGAGUCUUAUGCAGCUCCAAGCGCAUCCUGAGGAAAGAAACCGUGGCCUAGAGAGACCUUUUAAUAUCCAGAGGUAUUUCUGACUUAAAAUGAUUCAUUAAGAAGUUCUCACUAUUCAUUCUUCAAGGAUAUUUUUUCUUCAAUUAACAGGAUAUGGCAUUUCAACAGGAAGCAGUGUGCAUUGAUUAUACUUUGUGGUAGUGACACACAUGUUGAAAUAGUGUGUUGUGAAUGGCAUUACAGAGUGAAAAUGGAAAGGAAUCAUAUCUGGGAAUAUAUCAGUUGCCUCACUGAAGCAUUCCAUUGUAUGUGGUACAGUGGCAUUUCUUGUGCUGUCCUCAAUUUUCAAAAUAAAAAGGUUUUACAUAUUUUAAAUAGUUUCUGUCAGUCUAUAUGCACUUAUGUAAUAUGUAAUGUUACCGUGUCAUACAGCUGUUGAUGGUAAUGGUAAUUGUUUGCAAAUUUCUAUUGAAGACUAUUGAAGAGAUUUGGGCUAUUCUUACUGCCUCAAAGGGUAUUUAAGGACAGACAA